UAUCGUUUCUUAUUUUGUUUUAAUACUUUCUCCUCUCACAUUACCUAUGUCCUAGGAAUAAAAUAUAUCCCCAAGCAAACUGAAAAUGACGACCUGCCUGAUGAAAAGUUGAUACCUAACUACCGCUUAUAAAGCACUAUGGGUAGCACAGAAUACAAAAUGACAACUUUAGUGCCUUAGGAGUUAUCAUUCUUGUGAAAUUCAGAUGUACUUCGUACCCAGUAUUUUACAAACAACAGUCAUGCAAACACAAUACUCAUGCAAACAAUAUUUACAAACCUUAAUGGCAUGCUUACUUUGCGAGAUCUUAUUUUGACUGUUUACUUUAAAGUCACAAUAUGUAAUCGGCAUCGUUACCUAGGUGUUAUUGAUUUUUUAACGCUACGAACUUUUCAUAUAUUUACAUUACACGUUAUAGGCAAUUAUUAUUAAAUAAAAAAACAAUGGAUUAUGAUUUGUCGCGCAUUGAUUAUACAAUUUGUGGAAUCACUUUUCCAGAUACACUAAAAAUAUUACCCAUUCCAGUUGGUCCAAAGAUUCAACAAAAGUUUACAAUUGGUGACAAAAACGGAGUAUUACAAUGUCUAAGUAUUAAAGACGAAGAACCAGUUGUACAAUUUAAAACUUUGCCCGGGAAACCAAUUACAUCUGUACAACUUGCCUCAAGCACGGGAACGUUAACAGAUAAAAUAUUUGCAGCCUCCGGUAACGAGGUGAAGGGCUACACCAGAAAGGGAAAAGUGUUCCUUACAAUCGAAACUCCUCUCACCGAAACAAUUACGUCUAUGUAUGUUAACUGCAGGUGCGUUUUGGGCGUCGACCUAAUAUUAUGCAGUGGGCGGACAGUGACAUGUUAUCGAGAUUUACGCGAAAUACAUUCGUAUAUUUGUGAUGAUCGAGUAUUAGAUAUUGCCGCUUAUAACACACCGAACAAUACACGAAUGCGCCUCCUUGUGCUAGUCGCUAAUAAGGGAGCAGAAAUAUUAGAGAAUGGAUAUUCGUUGGCCCAUACAGCUAUAUCUGCAGGUCCUACUAGGCUCGCAGUCCCUCCAUCGUUGCAUGCUCUUGAUGUCUAUGCAUUCUAUGGUGCAGCCGACGGCUCUCUAGGCCUAAUAAUUUAUGAAGGCUCAACGUUAACGAGUAAAUGUCUAAUGGAAGGAAGAGGAUUAGGAUCAGUAGUGUGCCUUGGCUGGUUUAUGGGGAAUGGAGGGACACAUCUUGCUGUCGGCCGGCACGAUGGUUCUAUUCAGCUUUAUCUCAUCGACAUGGAAAAUAUGUCUGGAAAACCACGCCUCAAAUUCACAUAUUUCUGCGGUGAACCUGUAACAUCAGUAUGUGGUGGUUGUGUGGGUACAGACGACCAUGAAUUGCUUGCCGCUACUUUCUCUGGAAGAAUCUUCGGACUUAGAUCGCAACGUUUAGUUCCGGGAGUUGCUAAUUUAACUAACAUUCCACAAGAUGCUUUAGCAUCCCGACGAGCUAAACUUGAAUCGGAAGUAAUACGACUAGAGAAACAAACUGCCAAUGAACGUGAGAAAUACCAACGGAACACACGAUCCUUACAUGGAGGACUGUCUGCUCCACCAUUAUUGGACAUACAGUAUGAGCUACAAGGAGCCACUCGUGAUGGCUGGCAAGAGGCUAAAAUCACUUCCGCGGUACCUCUGGAUAUGCUUUUCAUUUAUUGUAAGCGAAAACUAGACUUGCUAACAGAUAAUGCAGCUGUAUUGAGCAUAUGUUCAUCGCAGAGUGGCGCCAAGGAUCUUUUAGCAACAGUGCGAUGCCAAGCUGGUACUAGACGUCUUUGGGUGCGCAUGCGUUACAUACUCCAAGCAAACGAUCCAGUUUCCAGGGCGGAAUCCGUACAAGUUCUUAUAUACGCUUUGCCAUCCGCUGCGCCUAGAGUAGCUCGCCUUAUUACGCUCCGAUUGCCCGUAUUGCCAUACUACUCCCAACACGAGAAUAUGGAUAAAGAGAAUGAAAAAAGAUCCUGGUGCCAAGUACAUAUUACAGGCAGUUUUUCUGUGGCGGAAAUGACAUCCUGGCUAACUGACGCAUUGCCUGGUGAUUUACCAAGGCCCUCGGCGAAUGUAGCUUUCGCGCGAUCUCAUACACUUCUUCGAACCUUACUUGUAUGUCGAUACCAGAGAGGAAUGGGUAUAUUUAUAUCUGAUAACGUUACAACAAUAGCCAUCAUCAAAGAUAUUAUAUCCAAUUGUUCGGUGAAGAAGAACAUUCGUAUAGAAAUUUCAACAGAUAUACCAGAUAAUUGCUGCGUACAAUCAUUUCAGGGAAUAAAAGAACAAUUUGAAACGGAAUAUCGAACAUAUAAAGAUAAUCUAUUGAAGAAAGCUAUUAGCGCUUUGGAGUUAGAUGAAAGAGCUACGAGUGAAGAAGCACCUACUAUAUGCAAUGAAUACCAACGCGUUUGGAGUAUUUCCGAUGAUACUUUGACAGAUACACAUUUUGAAGAACUUGUAGAUACUAUAGACGAAUGGUAUGUAGACUUCCGAUCACUGACUUUGCGAAAUACUGACUAUACCACCGAAAGAGUAAAACUCCGCAAAGCUUUGAAAGAUUGUGAAUUAGAACAAAUAUUAUUAAUACUUGCAAAUGAAAAUGUUAUGCCGCAUGAUAUUGAUUAAGUAAUUUAUACAUUUCUAGUACACUCUAUAUUAUGUUGUGUUUUAUAAGAGAAAAAAAUAUUUUCAUUGAAUCAUGUUUAUUUUGUACUUAUAUACUGAUUCAUUUUAAACACACCAAUUAGCCAAAAUUAUAAUCAUGGCCCCUAGUAAUAUUAUCUGUGUCAUGGACCUCCCAGAUCUCACUUUAAUAUGCCUAUUCGAAUGAACAUUGUGAUAAAAUUUUUAUAUAUUAGGAUUAUAGAAAAAAAUAUGCUUUCA